UGUACGAGACCAGCGUAGUGUGAGUGACAGACGUUGUAUCCGCACAAGAGAAGAUUAACGUUUCUCACACAACAAAAGGUAUAUUGGGACAUCUACAGAUAAUUCAUGUUGACUAAACUUUAACGGUUACCAUGGUUACAAGUACUGAAGACAGAUCCGAGGAAAGUGAACCAGAAACUGUUUUCUACAAGGAAUAUUUUAGUUGAGGAGAACCCAAAAUUCACCCCAGGAAUUAUUUCUGAAAUAUUUGUGCAAUCAAAAAGAGAUUAUAUUUUAUAAGAGUGUUAAUCCGUCACCAUGGAUGCACAACAUGGCACAAUGCCGAUUAAGGAUUUGGGGUCCUUCGUCGCCACCAAUAUACCAAGUGAUGCCGAUAUCAAAGACCACAGGUCGCAGGACAAAGUGUACAUAGGGCUACACCUGCCAAAACAGCAUCGCCAUAGACACAAACAUCGUCGCCAUCAUAAACGUGAAGGCUCAAACUCAGAACGGUCCCAUAACACAUCUGUACCAUCUGAUGCGACUUCUCCUGCCCAAAGAGUGCAGUUUUUACUUGGUGAAGAGGAGGAUGAGGAGCACAAAGCACACGAUGUGUUCUGUGAGAUGGCAGAGCUUCUCUACAAGGACGGUGGAGAUGUGGAGUGGAAGGAAACAGCUCGAUGGGUGAAGUUUGAGGAGGACGUAGAGGAGGGAGGAGAACGGUGGUCCAAACCCCACGUGGCCACCCUCUCUCUUCAUUCCUUGUUUGAGCUCCGAUGUAACAUACUUCAUGGAACAGUCAUACUGGACAUGGCGGCAGAUUCACUACCGUGUGUUGUAGAUGUUUUCCUGGACAAUAUGGUAGCUUCAAAGCAGUUGGAAGAGCCACUCAAGGAAGAUGUACGAGACAUUCUGCUACUACGACAUCGGCAUCUUUACGACCGCAAAUACAAACAUGACGAAAAUGGCAGUAGCAAAUACCACCUACCCCUUAUACGUUCCUUUGCCGAUAUAGGCAGGAAGUAUUCUGAGCCUCGUGCUCUAAAUAACCAUGGUAAGGACUCCGACAGCCCAAGCCCACCCGGAGAAGUUGGUCUGCCAGGAGCGAAAAGUACACCAAACUUUAACAACUUACAGCGUAACAACAGCACACCCCGGAUAGAGCACCACGCCACACAGCCGGCCAUCCUCAACCACAACGGCAGUUCUGACAUACUGGAACACUCCUCUAGUCACAAGCGGUUUAGAAGAAAGCUGAACAUGCAUUUCAUGAAGAAAAUUCCCAAAGAGGCAGAAGCAGCUAACAUUCUUGUUGGUGAGGUUGAUUUCCUGAACUAUCCUAUCAUCGGCUUCACCCGCCUUCUCCAUUCUCAGUUAAUGGGUGACCUUACAGAGGUCCCUGUUCCUACCAAGUUCAUCUUUUUCCUCUUGGGACCCAAGGGCAAUAUGAACAAGUUCCACGAGAUCGGCCGUUCUAUAGCAACACUCAUGUCAGAUGAGGUAUUCCAUGAUGUUGCGUAUCAUGCCAGAAAUCGUGAAGACUUACUGGCAGGUAUUGAUGAGUUCCUUGACCAGGUGACUGUGCUACCACCUGGGGAAUGGGAUCCCAGUAUCCGAAUUGAACCUCCUCAGAGUGUUCCCUCACAGACGAGUCGUAAAACAGCGCCCUCUGGUCUGACCCCAUCAGGAAAAUCGGAGGUAGAGGAAGAAGUGGAGGAAUCCCAUGGUGACGACCCCUGUCUCCAACGAACAGGCAGGUUUUUUGGAGGAUUGAUAGAUGAUGUGAAGAGAAAGGCUCCAUUCUAUGGGAGUGACUUCAAAGAUGUCCUACAUGUACAGUGUAUAGCUUCCUUCGUGUUCCUCUACUUCGCCUGUCUAACGCCCAUCAUCACAUUUGGGGGUCUCCUAGGAGAUGCGACAAAGAAUAGCAUGGCUGCAUUUGAGAGUAUUCUGGCGGGAGCUAUUUGUGGUGUGGUGUAUGCCCUCUGUGCUGGACAGCCUCUAACUAUCCUGGGUAGUACUGGACCUGUUUUGGUGUUUGAGACAAUCACAUUCCAGUUCUGUGGGGAUAUGGGCCUAGACUACCUAGAACUGAGGUUCUGGAUAGGAAUUUGGACUGGAACAAUCCUGAUUGUCAUGACAGCUUUUGACCUCAGUGCACUUGUGCGUUACAUUACAAGAUUUACGGAGGAAAGUUUUGCUCUCCUGAUUUCCCUGAUCUUCAUCAAGGAAGCCAUUGCCAAGUUGAUUCACAUCAAAGACAAGUACCCUGUCAACUUUCAUCCUAACCUCUUCUUUCCCUGUGACUGUUAUGUGAAGAACAACGUCACCAACACCACAGAUAUAUACUCAAUUGAAGGCCAUGCCGAAUACUGGUCCAACUUCACCAAGUUGAACUGCAAGGAACUAGAGGGAAAUCUUGCUGGGGAGGGCUGUAUCGAAUACAAAGCCGACGUGUUCUUCCUGUCAAUCCUUCUCUUCAUCGGAACUUUUACCCUGGCAUACUCCCUCAAAAUGAUGAGAAACAGUGCAUUUUUCCCAAGCUUUGUAAGGACCAUCAUAAGUGACUUCGCUGUUCUGAUAGCAAUAAUGUCGAUGGUUGGACUAGAUGCUGGCCUUGGAUUAAACACACCGAAACUAGACGUCCCUGACAGUUUUGCUCCAACAAAGCCCGGCCGUGGAUGGAUAGUGAACCCUGUUGGCAAGAACCCCUGGUGGACUAUUAUUGCAGCUAUUAUUCCGUCACUGUUGGCAACCAUAUUGAUUUUCAUGGACCAACAGAUUACUGCAGUUAUUGUCAACAGGAAAGAAAACAAACUAAAGAAAGGAAAGGGCUACCACCUGGACCUUUUCAUCGUAGCUGUUUUGAUCAUGAUCUGCUCCCUGUUGGGGCUGCCCUGGUUUGUAGCUGCUACUGUCCUCUCCAUCAACCAUGUGAUGAGUUUGAAGCAGGAAUCUGAAUGUACAGCUCCAGGAGAGAGGCCCAAGUUCCUUGGAGUCAGAGAACAGAGAGUGACAGGUGUGACCAUCUUCUUUGUGAUUGGGAUGUCUGUCCUGCUAACAAGAGUACUUAAGUCUCUACCUAUGCCUGUGUUGUACGGCGUCUUCCUAUACAUGGGUGUGUCCUCACUACGCGGAAUGCAGGCAGUCGACCGAAUCAUGCUUUGGUUUAUGCCCCAGAAGUACCAGCCAGACGUCAUGUACCUUCGACACGUGAGAACUGUGCGUGUCCACAUGUUCACCAUCAUACAAGUCCUAUGUCUGGCUUGUCUCUGGGUCAUCAAAACAAUCAAGUCCAUCUCCAUCGCGUUCCCCCUCAUGGUGCUAGCAAUGUGCUUCGUACGUAAGGGGAUGGAUUGGAUAUUCACCCAGACAGAACUGCAAUGGCUGGAUGACAUCAUGCCCGAGUCCCACUCGAGGGCCAAAGAAGAUGCCAAGAAGAAGGAGAAAGAACAAGAUGGAAAUCAGGAAGAGGAGGCAAGCAUGUUGAUAGAUCCAAAUAAAUACUCCGCUGGUCAUGUGAAUCUUCCGCUUCAAACUGGCAAUUUCAUCAACAUCCCAGUCGAUCGGGUCACAGUUGGCAUGGAAAUGGAACCUGUCAAUAUCUCUGAAGAAAUGGCAAAAACGACAUUGUGGAAGACAAUAGUGGCGAACGAGUCCUCUCCAAACCUCCAGGGCGACAGUUUUAAAAAUCACAAAUCCAGAUCUCCAGACGAUGACUAUAAUUCACACAGCCAUCAUAAACACAAGAGUUCCAAAAAGAACAAGAUGCCGGUUCAGUUCUACAUAGAUGAUGAGGAAAAGGAGCAGCUAUUGGACGAAAAGCCAAGAAAACCUGCAAAAAUCGAGAUUGUGGUAGACCCUCCGAGUACUAAGGGAUCAAUCAGCCGGAUUGAUGAGGACACGAUAUGUUAAAUGUAGCCAAAAUAGUCACAUCAUCGAUGUCAAUGUCCAUUUGUUUGUUUUUUUCAAAUGUAGGAUUUUUUUUAAAAUAUGCAAUACAUAUAUAUACACUAGUUCACCAGUAAAAAAAUAAUCUUGUGUCCAGGGUGGUCACGUCUGGUGACAUUGUGAUGUGUCCAGGGUGGCCACAUCAGUCGACAUUGUUAUAUGUCCGGGGUGGCCACAUCAGGUGACAUUAUUAUAUGUCCAGGGUGGCCACAUCAGGUGACAUUGUUAUAUGUCCGGGGUGGCCACAUCAGGUGACAUUGUUAUAUAUUGAGAGCAGCCACGUCAGGUGACAUUGUUAUAUAUUGAGAGCAGCCACGUCAUGUGAUGCAAUGGCUGCCAGGUCAUAUGUGACACACUCGCACAGAAGAUAGAGCCAGAAAUGUUCUGGAAUGUUUUAUUUUUUGGGGUGGAUGGAAAUAUUGCCCUUGAUUGUUAGAAACCUCAUUGUUGAUAACUCUCUGUUAAUGAGAAAACAUUCCAGACCAUUUUUGUUUCUAAGCGUUUGAAGAUUUGUUGUUUUAUUUAUACCAGAUAUCUAUGAGCUGGGAUAUCAAGAUGUCAUUUCCAUUAUGAUUCAGAGCCAAUAUAGUUUACUCAGGACUGUGUUUUAUACAGAGUCUGCAGACUGCAAGUUAUCUAACUGAUUUUAUAUCUGCUUUAAUGUAACCUUGAUAAAGGUCAACAGGUUAAAGUUCAGAUGUCAAAUGUAAAUACCCUCAACAAAUCAGUAUACUUGGUUAGUCACUAAGUCUGUUAAGAACUUUUGAUAUUGUACAGAAUUUUCAAAUGGCCCAUUGUUAUCCAAUUAUAGUGUUAUCCCAGGAUAAAAAUGGUAUGUUCUGAUUUAUAGUCUGUGUGAAUUCACAUCAACAGAGUUAGGGUCCUUCGCUAGUCAUGCAUAUUUUCAUCAUGUAUUUCAUCAAGAGUUACUUCCCUUAUCCGAGACUUGGAUCAUAGAAUUCAGAAUGAAGUUGUAACAUUCUUUAGCUAUAUCGGUAUAGCGCUGAGUGGGGAAAUUGUUUAUCUGUAUAUUACUUAUUUUCAAAGAAGCUUACGUAUAGUGGAAUAAUGUGUUCAGGUCCUCAACUAGACCAAUAAACUUACCGUAAUCACAGAUUACUCGGAUUUGUAGCCCUUGGCUGUUGUUGGUUGAAACGGGUAACCAAUCCAAGGUUUGGAGCUUGUAACCAUGGUAAGGUUUAGUAGACUAUGUCUACUUGUGUGAGUAGAGUAUGGUGAGGCGAUUCUGAACUGAUCAGGUCAUCCUCCCAAUGAUAAAGUUGUAUGAGUAGAGUAUGGUGAGGCGAUUCUGAACUGAUCAGGUCAUCCUCCCAAUGAUAAAGUUGUAUGUGUAGAGUAUGGUGAGGCGAUUCUGAACUGAUCAGGUCAUCCUCCCAAUGAAAAGUUGUAUGAGUAGAGUAUGGUGAGGAGAUUCUGAACUGAUCAGGUCAUCCUCCCAAUGAUAAAGUUGUAUGAGUAGAGUAUGGUGAGGAGAUUCUGAACUGAUCAGGUCAUCCUCCCAAUGAUAAAGUCGUGUGAGUAUAGAGUAUGGUGAGGAGAUUCUGAACUGAUCAGGUCAUCCUCCCAAUGAUAAAGUUGUAUGAGUAGAGUAUGGUGAGGAGAUUCUGAACUGAUCAGGUCAUCCUCCCAAUGAUAAAUUUGUAUGAGUAGAGUAUGGUGAGGCGAUUCUGAACUGAUCAGGUCAUCCUCCCAAUGAUAAGUUGUAUGAGUAGAGUAUGGUGAGGCGAUUCUGAACUGAUCAGGUCAUCCUCCCAAUGAUAAAUUUGUAUGAGUAGAGUAUGGUGAGGCGAUUCUGAACUGAUCAGGUCAUCCUCCCAAUGAUCAAGUUGUAUGAGUAGAGUAUGGUGAGGAGAUUCUGAACUGAUCAGGUCAUCCUCCCAAUGAUAAGUUGUAUGAGUAGAGUAUGGUGAGGCGAUUCUGAACUGAUCAGGUCAUCCUCCCAAUGAUAAAGUUGUAUGAGAAGAGUAUGGUGAGGCGAUUCUGAACUGAUCAGGUCAUCCUCCCAAUGAUAAAGUUGUAUGAGUAGAGUAUGGUGAGGAGAUUCUGAACUGAUCAGGUCAUCCUCCCAAUGAUCAAGUUGUAUGAGUAGAGUAUGGUGAGGAGAUUCUGAACUGAUCAGGUCAUCCCCCCAAUGAUAAAGUUGUAUGAGUAGAGUAUGGUGAGGCGAUUCUGAACUGAUCAGGUCAUCCCCCCAAUGAUAAAGUCGUGUGAGUAUAGAGUAUGGUGAGGAGAUUCUGAACUGAUCAGGUCAUCCUCCCAAUGAUAAAUUUGCCACAAUUUUGGUUUUACCAAUAAAUUUUAAUUCAAAGUAUGAAGCUGAAAGUGGGGGAAAAAACAUUAUCCUCUUGUGGCACAUCUGAAUAUGAUUUUGUGACACACUAAAAUAUGUAGUUGUCAUGUUGAUUUGAUGAGUAUGAAUGGUUUCCUCAUCAGUAAUUAGGUUUGUCUCCGUAUUGUGUAUGUCUAUGUGGUGAACAGAUUGUUAUUUAUACAUAUUCAUUUUAAUGUGAUAAGAAUUAUAUGAAAGCAUUUCAAUAUUAUUCUGCCAUUUUAUACCAUGUAAAGCAAAUGAUUGAGGCUAUGUCCAUGUCUGCUAAACACAUCUAUGUGAGCAUGAUCUUGUGAGAAGUAUCAAAACUUUAAAAGUUCUAUGAGCAUGUGAUUGGUUUCAUAAUGAAUGGCCCUACCUCUCCAAUUUGUCAUAUAUUAAUCCGUGUCACUGUUUUACAAGGAUGAUGAAGUCAAAUGUUAUUUAUUUCUCUCAGUUUAUAUACAUAUUGCUGUUGAUUACAUAUCCAGUUCCAAGUCAGAAUUAUGCAAGUGUAUUAAACCUUUUAGCUUUGUGCCCUAAAUAUUUUUAUUUUGUAUUACCUACAAUCAUGCUAAUUUUGGGGCGAAUACACUUACAUGUAAGUUUUGAAAAUGACUGAAAUGUUUUUUUAAAUGUUUAAACUGUUCACCGAUUGGUUAGGUCUAAAUAUUUUAACUGUUCACUGAUUGGUCAGGUUCAACUGUUUUAACUGUUCACUGAUUGGUUAGGUUUAAACAUAUUCACUGAUUGGUCAGGUUUUAAUGUUUAGAUUGUUCUCUGAUUGGUCCAUUUAAACGUGUAAACUGUUCACUGAUUCGUCAGGUUUAAAUGUUUAAACUGUUCACUGAUUGGUCUGCAUGGAUAUAAUGUGUAUACUAUUCACCGAGUGGUCCAUUUGAAUAUUUAAAAUUACACUGAUUGGUCCAUUUAAAUAUUGAAACUGUUCAUUGAUUGGUCUUUUUUAAUAUUUUAACUAUUCACUAAUUCGUUGUAUUAUUGUGAGGGGUAGUAAUUUAUAUGUGAAUUUUGUCUCCCUCCUAUCAAUUAUCUAGAGAAUUAUGUUUUACUCUGCUACAAUCCUGAAGAAAUAUGUUUAGGUAAACACCAAUAGUGUUUAUAACAUACAAUUCUGUGUUGAUAACUGAAUUUUCAAACUAAAAACAUCAAAAGAGAAUAUCUAUUGGCUUACCUUUUAGUCAAACACCUUACAUUGUUUCUGACUAUUGUCACAGACCUGGUUAACUAUUAACUUUAGUGGAUGAACUGCCUUUUAAAAAUUAUUAUGAAAUCCAUUCUUGGUGUAUUCUGUAAACCAAAAAGUUUUUGGUUAUGAAAACCAAGUAAUAUUGUAGGUCAUAUAUAGAAACUGUUCUAUUGUGUUUUAAGAAUAUCCUGUCUCAUUUUAAUUGCCUAAGUCCCUAAAUUUUUACUCUCUACUAUAAUAUUAUCUUUUUUAUUUGAAUUUUCCCUGUGCGUAUAUUGAUUAAUUUUUUAUGUUUUAGUUAUAUUUACUUUAAUACCAAAUACAUUUAUAUCAGUCAAAUCUUAUAGGUUCUGGGUUCCGUUUAUUUAUUUUUAUUUUUUUUUUCCAAUUCAUAUUUUUUAUUAAGAAUUCCAUUAUUUCAACAGCUGUAUUAUUAUAUUUUAUGCGAUUUAACCAUGAAAGCACUCACCCAGAGUGUUUCCCAAAUUUUCUAUUUAUAUAUCUUUUGUUUCAUUGUCCUACCGUUGAAGUCUAUGAAUACAAUACCGUAUAUAAACUUGUAUAUCCAUCGAGAUCAAUGCCUACAUUCUGGGGCGGUAAGAGUCUUCUUGUCACAAAAUCAUUCAUCAGAUAUUUGGUGGUUGGGUGUAUGUGUUUUCGGUACAGACACAUAUACUCGGGUGUAGUUUGAUUACUCACAGCAACAGGUUUUCACCUUUUCAUCCUUUGAUAGGCUUCAUUGUUCAAUAUUAAACUGGCGGAGCCACAACGAAUUCAUGUUUACAUUAUAUAACACAAACACUUUCAUUUCUACACCUCAGUAAAAAGAUCAUCGCUUGAUUACAGAAUUGCUUCAACUCAUUAUUAGCAAGCAUGUUAAAAAACUGAAAUAAUUAUUUUACAUGUCUUCAUUUUCUUAAUGUACCGUUACAGCAACAAACAAAAAAAUUGAAUGCUGAGAUGUAGCAAUUUGCACAGCGAUAACUUAAUGAAUUGAUAGAUAGAAUAAUACAGUAUCUACAUUCAGCUAGUGCAGUUUCUUUAAGACAAUGCUUUUAAAAAUAAAAUUGUUGCAUAUACAUGUGUACGCAGUAUUUUUUAUGUGGAAGACUCCAUUAAGUUUCCUAAACAUACCAUAAUAAUAGUUUGCAGUAUUUAUUUAUUAAUACAUUAUCUCUAACAAUUCUUUCAAAGUAAACUCAGCAUUUAAUAUUCAGAUUAAAUUCAUGGUCAUUUGAAAUUCUGAGACAUUUGCAUUUUGUUUUCAUUAUUUAUUGAUAUAGACGUUGCAGAGAUUUGAAAUUUCCCCAAAAUUCUAGUUUUAUCUGACAAUGAUACAACUAUGCUUGUGUAAUAUUUUACCUUGUUAAGAAUCAGAUCAUAGGAUCUUUAUGCAUCAGAUUGGAAAAUAUGUCAUACUUUUUAUAUACUAUAUAUGUAUUACAUAUAUUAUUCCUAUCUUAUGCGUCAGGAACCUAUGAUCAGACACAUAUGUUUGUAACUGUUAAUAUCCUGGUGUAAUAUUGGGUUUGUGAGCGAAAUUUUUUGGUAUUUGUGGAGCUGUCUGGAGUAAGAUGAGCGGAUGAUUUGUGUAUAUCCAAAGAUUGGAGACCAUGCAUUUAGGAGUUCGGUGGACAUAGGGAGUAGGUGUGUGUCGAUUGCGAGACGUAUGAUUAUUUGUUUUAUGUGUUCAAAUUAAUUUUGACAGAUUUAUACUGAAAAGAAUAAAUAGUACUUUAUAUUUUUUGAAUGUCACAAGGUAGGCAUUAUGUACUAUCUCACAGAAGUAUAUCGCAUCGCAGCGUAUUAUUACUAGUGCUUUAGUUGAGAUUUCUUGUGGCAUCAUCAGUGACAUCACAACGGUAUCAUCAGUUCACGUGUAUAGUGCUAUGAUGAUGUCAUAGGUUUUUGUAGUGAUGUCAUCAAUGAUGAUGAUGAUGAUGAUGAUGAUGAUGAGCUCAUGUAAUGUGAUAUUAUAAUAGAAAUGAAAUGGUUAAAUUCCGCUUGAUGAUGAUGUCUUAAAAUUAGCCAAAGUGUCAUCACCAUGUCAAUGUGAUUUCUCUUAGAUUUUGCUGUAAUUUUGUGAUUUUGAAAUAUGUCAUUAUUGAUGUCCAUUUCAUGCGACUGUCAAUGUUUUAAAUUGAUAACGUCAUCAUUUGAAAUGUGAUUUUGUGAUUAUGUCAUUUCAUCAUUAUGUGUGAUUCUGCUCUCAUGUAAUGGUACCAUCAUUUUAUGUGAUGAUGUCAUCACUAUGUGUGAUGAUAUCAUCAUUUUAUGUGAUUCUGUCAUCAUUUUAUGUGAUGUCAAUGUGUUUAGCAAUGUACCACAUUAUGUAAUCAAGAGAAAUGUAUAUGUUUUUGAUGUUUUGGCUAAAUUAUUAUCAAUAGAAUCAAGUUCAAAUUAUCCAAUGAUUAUGUAAAAUUUUUAUCAAUGUGCUUUUAAUGUUUUUGUAGUCUCAGGAACAUCUAGCAAUUUUGAAAGAUUUUUUUUUAAUAUUUUGUUUCUGUAUAUUUUUGUUCUUUCUUUUUUAUUGACAUUGUCUGUUAAAUAAUCCAGGAAUACAUGUGAUUAUAUUUCAAAAACGUUCUGCAGCAUACCACGGCUUAGGAUUGUAUGUAUAAUCAUGUAAAAUGAAAUAAUGAAAUCCUAAUUUUAGAAAUAUUUUCUGGCCGUAAAUUUAUUAAUUCUUUAAUUGAAUUGCAGAUAUUGUAAUUAUAUGGUUUGUGCCUCCGUUGUUGGAAGGUUUGUGUCAAAGAUGAUAAAUAAAAAAAGAAAUCAAAAGAAUGUAACAGAUCUAGAAGAGAAAUCAGUGUAAUGUAUUAACUGAUAGAGUAAAUAUAUAUAAUUAUAGCUGAUUAAUUAGAGCUUAUUGCUUGGUGAAAAGUACCAAACGAUUCUAAAUCAAUGUGGUUGUCCUGUGUGUUAAUAGAAAUAUCUGCCUUCUCCCGUCAUGCCGUUUAUUAUGACAUUACAAAUACCACACAAUAUUUUUAUUCAGAGUCCAGUCAGUAUUCUAUUACCAGGUGGUCUCCAGAUCGUAAUUUCCUGUUUCAUCGCACAAAUUUUGAAUUAUCCAAACGACAGUAUGGGGGCCUAAAGUUCCUAACACCGUCACAGAUUUUACCCAUCUUUGUUUUACACUGAUGUGAGAAAUGCUUAUUUUCAAAGUGUUUAAUUUGUGUUUUUAAAAUAAAAUAUUGAACAUUACUGUGCUAUUAAUUGGCGCUGUCAUGUUGUGAAUUUGUAAAUUUACCGAGAAUACACACUUAACUGUAUGCUGCUCCAUGAAACAUUGUUAAUCUUAUAAAGAUACUUUUAUAUCAACUCGAUGUUUUUACAUUGUGAUAUUUAUACCUGCAAUGUUUUCAUCUCAAUUAAAGAACAAAUCAGUUUGGUUGGAGCAGUAGAGCAGGUACUAGAAUCACCUAAACAAUACAUUGAAAAUGAAACAUUGACAUUCAUUUUAUUCCUGAAUAAAGGAAGAGUUGAGGCUGUA